AUCUCUCUGUGCCAGAGCAGUAUUGAGCCGACAGACAGGCAGUUGCUCUCAUCCACCAGCCUCCUCCUACUGACUCACCAUCCCUACCUCUGGCUUUGCUGCUGGAUGCCACAUUCACAUACAUGCAGUCAGCCAGAGCAUCAUAUCAUUCAGGACCACGCAAUCUCAGUGCUGCACUCCACAACAUGCAAAUUCAAAUACAAGGUUUAGCACUUUAAAAUAUAUACACACACAGAGAGCAAGCACUAUCAAGCUGUGACUAAUAAGACAACUAUAUUUAUGCAAUACAAGCUGGAGUACAUCAGCUGCAUCAUAUACACACAGUGAUGCUGCUUUGUAUACAUGCCUAAAAGCACUUCCCAAAUAUAAAGACAGAAACAUUGCAACUCGCCGCCAGCAAACAGACAAGCUGCAGCCACACUACCUGCCCUUCCCUCGGUUCUGCGCCCGAAGCUGGACAUAAAGAUGAAGCAGGCGCUGCUGGAGGUAAUGAGGAUGAAUAGGAUCUGUAGGAUGGUGCUGGUCACUUGCUUGGGAUCCUUCGUCUUGGUGAUCUUCUAUUUCCAAAGUAUGUUGCACCCAGUUAUGCACCGAAAUCCUUUUGGAAUGGACAUUUGUUGUCGGAAGGGUUCCCGUAGCCCCUUACAGGAACUCUACAAUCCAACACAGUUGGAUCUGUCCGGCAAUGCUGUCAUGCACCAGACGAGAAGAGAUCAAGUUACAGAAACAUGCCGGGCAAAUAGUGUGGCAAGCAGGAAACGCAGAGUACUGACACCUAAUGACUUGAAACAUUUGGUUGUAGAUGAAGACCAUGAAAUGAUCUAUUGUUAUGUGCCCAAAGUAGCAUGUACGAAUUGGAAGAGGGUCAUGAUGGUCCUUACUGGAAGAGGAAAAUACAGUGAUCCAAUGGAUAUCCCAGCUAAUGUGGCCCAUGUGUCCUCAAACCUGAAAACCCUCAACCAGUAUAGUAUCCCAGAAAUCAAUCACCGUUUGAAAAAUUAUAUGAAAUUUCUUUUUGUCCGAGAACCUUUUGAGAGAUUGGUCUCGGCCUACAGAAACAAGUUUACUCAAAAGUAUAACACUUCCUUCCACAAACGCUAUGGUACCAAAAUAGUAAGACGGCAAAGGAAAAAUGCCACCCAAGAGGCACUGCUUAAUGGCAAUGAUGUCAAAUUUGAAGAGUUUGUGGCUUACCUUAUAGACCCACACACACAAAGGGAAGAACCCUUCAACGAACACUGGCAAACUGUAUUUUCUCUCUGCCAUCCAUGUCAUAUCCACUAUGAUCUUAUUGGAAAAUAUGAAACACUAGAGGAGGAUUCUAAUUAUGUUCUUCAGCUGGCAGGAGUUAGUGACUAUCUUAAAUUUCCAACCUUUGCAAAGUCUACCAGAACUACUGAUGAAAUGACAGCCGAAUUCUUCCAGAACAUCAGUUCAGAGCACCAAACACAGCUGUACGAAGUUUACAAACUGGAUUACUUAAUGUUCAAUUAUUCAAUACCUUCCUACCUGAAAUUAGAAUGAGAACCACCCUAUUUCUCAUUUAAGUUUUUGUUAUUACAUGGAUAAAGGGUUAUUUUGUAAAUUAAUAUGGGGGAUUCUUUAAUUUGUGCUGCGAGCAGCACAAGCAGAAUUAUUUAAAUUACUUCAUAAGAAGGACAAUGCUAUUUUUAGGAUAAUAUAAGUUAAAAGAGGAGAUUACCAGGUCCAAAAUACAUUUACUAUAUACGAUGGGCUUGUAUAUUUAUAUAUACUCACAACAUAAAAGGUAUUAAUCUUGUUGGUUCAUUUAUAAAAAAUUAAAUAUCUUUUAAAAGUACAUGGUACCAAAAGUCAAAAUUAAACUUUCAUAAUUUAGAGUCUCUAAAAUUAAAAAAAAAGAAUAAUUCUGCUGUCAGAAGUAGCUAUUUCUGUUAGUAUCUUUAGUUGAAAUGUAGCUCCUUUCAUGAGUGCAUGCUGAAGUAGGCUCAAGAGUGUGCAUGUGUCUUGACUACUCAAUGUAUAACAUUGUUACAAGCAUUUUUGCUGACAUGGCUGCCAUAAAGGGCCUGACAUGUGCAUACUCCUGAGCCUACCUCCGUAUGCUCUUAUAAAAUGGAGUGGUUUCAACAAAGGAUACCAAUAGAAAGAGGUACAUUUGGUAACAAUAUUAAACUGUAAAAUUUGUUUUCUUAUUUUACACUCUAUAAGAAUCAUAAAAGUUUAAUUUCUACUUCCAUGCCUCUUUAAACAGAAUAAUGCAUCUAUUUUUGCGGCAAAAUUCAAACAAAUGAAAGCAAAUGAGCCAUUUAAAUGAAAGGUACAUUACAGAUGCUUCUGUAUAAAGCCAUAUCUUAUAUAGUGCAUGUGUCAGGUUCCUGGUAGAACCGUUUAGCUAGUCUGAAGGAAUAUAAAGUACUACUACACUGUUCUUAAUGUCUACAAUGCCAUUGUUCUCUGUGUGAAUGGUCUAUAAAUUAUUUAUAGUUAUUUAAACAAUAUUUUUUGGUAUGUCUAAAAAUAAUUCAAUAUACAUAUAUCCCUAUGUAUAUAGAGAUUGUAUGUGUCAUGUUUAAAGAGCCAAAUGUAAAGAAAUUGUUUCCAUCUUUUAGACCCUUACUUAAUCUUAAGUUAGGGUAUUUUUUUUAAAGAAACCUUCCCAUUGUGAUUUUAUAAUAAAUUAAAAUGUAUAUUUUCUUUUACAUAAAAUAAUUAAGGCAUAUUACUCUUUCAUGUGCCACUUAUAACAAAAAAAAAAAACAAAAAAAAAGACUGUGUAGAUAAUUUAACUGAGGAUUUCCUCUCUCACAACCUGUAACUUUUUUUUUUGGUGUGCUCUGCAUUAAAACCAGUGCACCUCUCGGGUGUUAGUAGGUUUAAACUGAACAACUACUGUGUGCAAACCAGUUGUAAAAACCCAUGAGACAUUGCUUCAAGCUCUGGCUUCUUUAUUGAAAGUGUUGUUAAUGUGGUUUUGUCUUACAUUAUAACAGUUCUGCCAUUAUAUAUGUUAAUGCUCAGGGUUCCCAGAAUCCUUGAUGGGUUUUAAUACAAAGUCUGUAAGCCAUAUAUUUGUGGCUCCAAACCGGAUGGACAUUUGGCAGAGACACUUGGAUAAUUGUUAUCCUCUCUGAUUCCUAACAGGCCUUAUGAUCAAUGCAGUUUACUUUUUUGUGUGUGCAUGUUCUUAGUCCCAUUAGCUUUCCUUUCCUGCCUCUUCAGUAUAGUAGUAAAGAACUGAAGCCCAGAUUCUCUUCAUUUUAUUGGCCUUUUUGCAAGAUCUAGCACACUCACACGUAGGCCUUAAAAUGGGCUUGUACCUAUUGUAUAAGUUGCUUGGUAUUCUCUGCCAGAUAAAAAUGGGUAAUCUCCUCAGCUUUAAUACAAAGAAAAAGCCUGUACCUCUGUCGUGUCAGGCUUAGUAAAUAUUUUUUUUCUGCUGGUCAGUCAACAAACUCUUUAAAUGCUUAGUUGCUGUUAUUGUAUUUGCUUUUCCUUUGUUCUGAAUGCUAUGUAUGUAUGUCAUCAGCUAAGUUAUUGCUGUGAUAUGAAUAUUAAUAAUAAUUUGAACCUGUUGUGUAUCCCUUUUUAGUCUUUCAAGUUGCGCAGUGCUGUUGAUAGGAACUAAUCCUUGUCAGUCAUUUUGUACAUAAUGUUCUUCCGUUUUGGCCUUUUGCCUGCUUGGCGUCCUUGUAUUACAUUGUAGAGCAAUGUUUUGCAUCCCCCCAAGCAAAAAAGGGUUAAAGGAAUCUGUAAUCUACUGGAAUGGCCAAAUUGUAGACAGGCUGAAAAGCUAAAGAUAAUUUAUUAAAAUGUAUUAAAGUGUACAAAACCUUGAUCAAAAAUAAAUCCAUUACUUAUACAGUGA